AUGUCUUCGCCAAAUAAAUCAACUGGAAUGUACCACAGCGUUAAAGGAAACGUCGUUGAAUCUGUUGGGACAGUGACUGGGAGUGAGGAAUGGAAGAAGAGUGGACAGAAAGAGCACGUCGAUGGUGAAGCUGAGCAGAAGGCAGCUCAAAUCAAAGACACAGCAACUGGUAUGUAUGACCAGGCUGCUGGUAGAGUUCAGGGCGUAAAGGCGGCUAUCACAGGCGAUAAGCCUGGUCAAGUCAGUGCAGCCGCUCAAGAGGAAUCAGGCAAAGCAGCGCAGAAGAAUGCUUAA